AUGUGGCAGGACAGCAGGGGUUAUGAGCACUUUGCGGGCCGCGGCCCCGUGUGGCGGCGGCCCCUGGUAAUCAGGACAUUUGGCGCCCUGGGGCUGGCAGGGGGCGCCGUCUACUUCUCGAGCCUGGAGGAGCCGAGGCGGCGCCACCCGGCCCACAGGGGCGGCAUUCCGGAUGCAAAGCGUCAUGCGAUCCUGAUCAGCCAGGCCACAGAGGCGGCCCUGGGAAAGCAAGUCUGGGAGGAGACGAUCCGCGCGGCUGUGGAGAGCCGCUCGCUGCUGCCGCCGCACCACCCAAUGUCCCAGCUCGUGCGCCGCGUGGGGCGGCGCAUCGCAGAGGUGGCGUCCGAUGGGGAGGGCGGCGGCUACAGCAGCCACAUGAAGAACAUCCAGUGGGAGUUCGCGGUCAUCCACGACGACCAGGUCAACGCGUUCGUGCAAGGGAAGGGGAGAAGCGGCGACCCGGGCGGCGGCAGGCUGCCCUCGAGCACCCACGAGCGUCCGGCGCCCCUGCCGCCCGCGCACCCCGACGCGCCGCCGCCGGGUGCUCGCGGCCGCACGCAGGCACCAGGAGGCAAGGUGGUCGUUUUCACAGGCCUCCUGCGCCUGAUGUCGUCCGAAGAUGAGCUGGCGGCGGUUAUAGCCCACGAGGCGGCCCACGUCGUCGCGCGGCACAUAGCGGAGAACCUCAGCCGGGUGCAGGUGAUCAGCCUGGCCACCGUGGUGAUUAACCUGCUUCUGGGCAUACCCCUGUCGCCCAACCUGUUGAUGCUGGGCUUCUUCCUGCCACACUCCAGGGCCGCGGAGACAGAGGCGGACUCCAUCGGCAUCCGCCUGCUGGCCCGCAGCUGCUACGACCCGGAGGCCAACGUGCGGAUGCUGCAGCGGCUCGAAGCCCACGAGCUGCGCGCGACCGGCGGCGCCGGCCGCGGCCGCGGCGCGGCGCUGCUGCAGACGCACCCUUUGACCGAGGACCGGGUGGAGAACGUGCGGCGGAUGCUGCCGGAUGCAUACCAGAUAUACAGGAGCAGCUGCUCGUCGCUGCAGCUGGGGUGGCAGGAGGCCGCGCGGCUGCUGGGGUAG